ACAUAAUAGUACCUAAUGGCCAGGGUUACGUAAGGUACCUUCAUGGAUAACAACUCGCUACUAACAAUAUCAUACCCAAACCAACAACAUGGAUGAUUACUUCCCAAUCAAGAAUAUAACCACAUAUACCAAUAACUGGACUAUAAAAGCCAGAGUACUGGAUAAAGCACCACUCAGAGCAAUCAAGGGUGAUAACCAUAUAAUGCACGUUGACGUCGUAGAUAAGCAUGGCGAUACCAUAAGAGUUAAGUUUUGGGGCAAGGCAGCAACCAAAUGGGAUGAAGUACUGGAAAAGGGGAAGGUCUACCUGUUCUCCAAAGGUAACGUAGAACUGUCAAACAAAAAAUUCAAUACAACGCCACACAAGUAUGAAAUCACAUGCCAUCAAGAUAGCCAAAUUGACCCCGUCGAUGAUGAAGGUGAUAUCAAGAUGCAAAGAGACCAUAAACUACUUACACUAAGGGAUAUCAAGUCAAUGCCACAGGUUACACAGGCACCAGUGGAUCUGCUGUGUAUAGCCAAUACGGUACACCCAGCAGUGAACAUUACGACCAGAGCAGGCAAGGAAUUGCCCAAGCGUAUACUCUCUAUAGUGGAUAACACAGGAUAUGAAAUGGAUUUGGUACUCUGGGGAGAUCAUGCCAAUAUGGAUGGAAUAGAACAGAUGGAAGGGAAAGCUAUCAUUGCUACUAAACUAGCAGUCAAAGAAUGGCAAGGAAGCAGAAGUUGCCAAAGCAGCCAAAAUUCAGAUGUUACCCUGGCAACACAAGAAAAUAUAAAGGACCAGGAUAAGUUAACACAGCUGGAAUCAUGGUUUGAAAAUGCUAAAGCAAAUAAUGAAACUUUCAAAUCACUCAAGACACAGGCACAAGCAGCAAAAGAUAACUACGAAGAAACUGAUAUUGCAAACCUACUCACCAAAACAAAAGGAAGCUUUAUAUUAAGAGCAAAACUACGCAAAAUACACUGGAAAAAUAAAGAAGGAUCUGUACGAAUGUGGUAUCAAGCAUGCCCAAUGUGCUCCAAAAAAGUAGUUAUGGAUGAAGAUACCAACAGAUACAAAUGCAUCGCAUGCUCUGAUAUAUCAGUGGAACCAGUACCGAGGUACAUAUUUAGCUGCAACUUCAUGGACGCCACCGGCAAAAUAAAUGCACAAAUAACAGCAGAAAACGGUGAGAAGUUGCUAGGGAAAUCGGCUAAAGAAUUGGAAAAUAUGGAUCCUGAUACCCUUAAAAGGUUCUGUGAAUUCGAUGCCACACUCGGGGAAUAUAAACUAUCGGGAUAUGUACGUUCUAAUAUGUACAACGGGGAAACAAGGUACCAAUUCACCAUAACACGCGUAGAAGAUAUGAACUAUCCCGCGGAAACGGCACACAUGCUCGAUAAAAUGCAAAUUACAUACGAUGAUGUACUGAGUUACCUAGGAAUCGCAAAUGAAGACAGAGAGGCGAAGCGCGUAAAAGUGUCACAGGAAUAAUCGUAGUAUAUACAUACGUGACUAUAUUAGCCAUAAGGAUGGCAUAGAGGCAAGAUUUUGUGAAUUACCGGUAUCGUACACACAUCGAUGUAAAAUGUGCAAACCCAAU